UCUCGUUUGAUUCGACGCGACUGUUUGUUUACAUUACAUUGUGGUUUACUUACUUUACUUUCGGCAUAGCAACACCAAGAGAUUUCCAACUAUUUCUUCCCCGGAUUUCAUAAUUAACUUAUAGGACACACUUUAUGCUACUUUAUACAACUGAUACUCGAAUAUAUGCACAAUGUCUUCUUUAGAGGAGGCAACACUUCCUGCGACUCGUCGACCAAAAUCUCGAAAGUCACUGUCCGCAAUACCUGCUGAUAAGGAAAAUAUGACAGCGGAGCUCGGAGCGCUUACUGGGAAGAGAGCGCCAACCGCAAAGCCAGCGAGGAAAUCAAGAAGUAAGAGUAUUGGUCCUGGUGGAUUAGAUGCUCUCAAAGAUACUACUGGAAAUCGACGCAAGGUAGGAAUCUGGUUCCAGCUGGAAGCAAAGAAACAUAACAAGCUAAUAAUGUUUAGUCCCUGGCUGUGAUUCCUCAACCCCCUCCAAGAUCAAUCUUAAAACCUACUAUGCCUCCUCUACGUGAGAUCCCGGCGCAUAAUCCUAACAAAAGAUCGAGUCCGAGAAAAGCCAAAACACCUUCACCACCUGUACCAGAAUCCGACUUAUUGAUCGAUUUCGGCGUUGAUUCCGGUUCUAAAACUGCAGGCUCCGAAUCGCAUGAUGAUCCAUUUCAUAUCGAUAUACCGAAACCAAACAAUGAUAAUCGAGUUGCAUUGCGAACAGAGGAAGAACAACAAGCUGCUGCUAGAGAAAGGGAAGAAAAGGAGAGGGUUGGUAUGGAAAAGGAAGUCGAUUCCAGACGAGAUGCUCGACGCAAGUCUCUUGCUAACCGACGUGUUUCAUUUGCACCGGAAGCAACACUUCAUACUUGGGAUGUCGUUGUAGAAUAUCAAGAUUCAACAACUUCAUCAAAUUCUACCAAUUCCACCCGCCGAGCCUCGAAUGUUACUGGAGGCUCAGUUACUACCCCGCAUCAGCAAAAUUCUGGACCACCUAGCUCGGAUCCUUCAGAGCCUCCAUCAACACCAUCGGAACAAUUUGAAGAUGACACAGAAAAUGGAUCACCAGAACAUCAACGCGACCUACAUCAAAAGAAGCGCCGCAGAAGUUCGGUCAUACCUCCUAUGAACUUCAAUGAUCCUAAUGAUGCUUUCUCAUCGAGCCCUUUGAGCGGAAGCUCAGUGGGCGCUGAUGAAGUUGAGGAUGAUGAAUUUGCUUCUAGUGAUUUAGAUGAUGACGACGGCACUCGGAUGACCAUGGAUGGUGGAGAAACAACAAAUAUGUCAAUGGCAUCAGUUCAGUCAGGCUUUAGCGCUGGCUCAGAUACGAUGCUAGAACAAUCUUUACGGCGGGCCGCAAACCAAGCUGGCACCCAAGCAAUGAGCUUUGGUGAGCAAGGAGAUACCAAAAUGAGUGAAGAUAAUGAGAUCGUUGCGUCCUUUGCUCCAUGGACAAAGAAGCCUCUAGAAUCUCAACAAGACCAAGAGAAUGUUAAUCCUUUUUCAUCAGCACUUAAAUCGGAUGUUCAAGCAGAUCCAGAGGAAUCGGAUGGGGAAGAAAUGACGAUGGAUAUGGACAUGACAAGUGCAGUUGGCAGAAUUUUACCAGGUCAACAACGGGAAGAUGAUGAGCUUUCCAUGGAUGUGACCCGUGCUUUCGGUGGAAUUAUUCCCAGUAGCCAACCGGGAGCAAAACAUAAAGCAGCGGGCCGUCGUCAAAGUACUCGUAGAAUAUCGACAGGGGAGGAGUCGGCAUUCGGCGAGCAGACCAUGGACUUGACUACCGCCGUGGGUGGCAUUCAUACGGCUGAUAUUGAAGAGGCAUCUGAAGAUGAUGAUAUGAGCAUGGACUUUACAUCAGCAGUUGGCGGGGUGCUGUCACAACCAGCUGAAAUCAAGAAUACGAGACGAUCAUCCAUGGCUCCAAAGUCACAACCGAAGCGAAAUCGGGAGAGCUUAGAUUCCGCCGCCGAUGAUGGGACAAUGGGUAUGGAUAUGGACAUGGAUAUGACCGCUGCCGUGGGUCGUAUUAUGCCUUCAAAUAGAGAGGAAACCGAGGAAAUGGAUAUGGACGUUACCGUUGGUAUGGAAAUGACCAAAGCACUAGGUGGUAUCCUACCACAGUUGAACGCUGGGGAUCGAAACCAAGCGAAGAAGAUUAUGGAGAUGGAAACAGACAUUUUUAGCUCACCGUUUCGAGUAGACGUUCCAGCCAAUUCUCCACCGAAAUCCAUCAACCACCAACCUUUAACUGUAGCACCAGAACCUGACAGUCCCAGCUUCACGGCGGGUUUCAAAGGAAAAGGGCUUCGUAGAAGCAUUGAACGAAAAUCUACCACACCUAAAUCUACGCCCAAGUCUAAGAUGUUAACGCCAGUCAAGAAGCCGACUACCCCGCAAAAACAGAUCACUCCACAACCUGCUCAACCAUCUCAUCCAGGCAAAACCCCACCCUCAAAAAAUGUUCUCAUGCGUACAGGAUCGCCCAGAAGACUUUUCAAAGCCGAUGCCAAAGAUUCAUCUUCUACUCCUCGUACAGCUUCGAGUAAAAAGCAAACACCGAACAAGUUAUUCAAAAAAGAUAGCAAUACCGGCCUUGCGACACCCAACUUCAUUCUAACACCACAAAAACGAUUGUCCACUGGCAUCGGCCUUGAUAGAGUAGGACUAGGAUCACCAAAGGUUGCUGCAUUAUUGGACCGACGUGGAUCGAUUGGAGAACAAGCACGAUCAUUCACACCUACCCAGCCGGCGGAUCUCAGCCGUGGUGUACGAUUCCAAGAUCCUCGUAUCAUGGAGGAAGAAGUCGACAGGGAGCGAGAACAGGAAGAAGGUCGGGAAAAUGGACGCAAGAUAAUGGAGCGUGAAGCGGAUCAGGGUGAAGGAGAAGAAAAAGAUGCAACCUUGAACCUCAAGGAAAUGAUCAACAGCCUCACACCUAAGAAGAAGUCGAUGAAAGGUCGCAAGAGUUUGCACGCUGGUGCGGCAAUUGGUCUCCUGGGUAAACGACCUGCUGAGUUGGAUGAGGAUGAAUCAGAUGAAGAUGAGGGCGGUAUGAAGCGAUUGAAAAAUCAUCAGGGUAGUCCCGUGAAGAACGUCCAUCUCCAAGGCCCACCCACCAAAGAACAAACAACAACUGGGCGUCUAACUCGCGCAAGUAGGAAGAGUAUGGAAGACUCGAUCAUCACUUUCACCACGCCUACCACCACUACUUCCCCCAUCAAGGAGAAAGUAACUUCACCACGUGAUCAAGGUCGUUUCAAAGAUGCGGAAGCCAACUUGACUGAGCCUGUGGCAAUCCCAUUCAAGGAAACAGCACCAGUUGAGUACCCACAACUACCUGAAGAACCACUCGAAGAUGAGCGCAUACAGUUGCAAGAUUUUUUGAAUAUGACAAGCAUUCGAUUCAUGGAAUUGACAACUACCAAACGAAGGCAUACAAUUGCGCCAAAACGUACUAGCGAUGGACCACUGAGAAACAGGUUGUCAGAUCAAACCAAGAUUUCUCUUGAGGAUUGUGUUGCUGCAGGUGCGGCUACAAUUCCUAUGCUUGAGCUAUUCCAGCAUGUAAGUUAUCACCAUAAUUUGUUCCGAGAAAAAUUUGCCGAUACUAACAUACCUAGGCUUGUCAUGAACUCAAGAAGUAUAUAUCAGAUGGUCGAAAAACUGUUCGAGAGAUUGAGAGCGAGACCUUUGAAGAAAACCCCCCACUUUUUCGUGAAUACAUCUCUGCGCCAGCAGAUAUGAAGCUUGUGAUGGACAAUCAACUCAAGAAUGUUAAAACACAUUCUCGUCUUCUCAGUAAAGGGAUGUGGUAUGAAUGGCGAUCAACUUUACUUGAAACUGUCAAGGAUGAACUCGUUAGAAGUGCUGAAGGUAUGAUCAAUGAUGAAGAAAUCCUUGAUAAACAGCAGGCACUCCUAGAGUCUGUACUCCCGCAGAUGAUAAAGAAAUCUCAGCAGCUUCAACAUGAGGAGGCAAAUUUGAGGACCGCCGCUGAAGAAAUUGCUAGCUGUGACCCUGAAGAACUUAGCGAAGCUCGACAACAGCUAAUAUCUAUUGAAGCGGAUGUUGAUGCAAAAAGGCACAUGAUUGAGGAAUUGAAGAAGCAGGUUCAAGCAAGAGAAGCGGAGAUUGAAGCUGGUACCGCCCAGAAGGAGAUGUGCCUUGAGGAAAUCCGUGAAGCGGAGAAGAUCAGGGAGGAAUGCCGUGGAUGGACUUCGAGUGAAAUUAGUACUCUUAAAGGUAUGUUCUUCUAUCAUUCUCUACCAAUCCCACUAACAAUGUCCAGCAAAAGUGGAUGCUAUCGAGAAGAAACAUGGAUGGACGAUCACCGGCGUAUCCGGAACUACAACUUCAAUGACGUACCGGAAGGAGAUUGAGCUUGUAUUUGAUGCAUCUGCAUUCAAGUCCAAUGCCCCGAGCAAGACUACAAAGCCAGAAAACUCAAGGAUUGAUCUUUGGUACAUUGCCGCCAAUCGAGAAUACAAUCCAUCACGUCUCACCCCCGAGAAGGAAUUCCUCCUUCAAAGUAUCCGGGAUCACGUGAGAGGUUUACCUCAAUCAGAAACCGAAAUUAAAACUCUCCUAAACUCCGUUAGCGUCGCUUGGAACAAGGCCGCUAAAGUAGUAGAUGAUAUUCAUUUACUGAACAUUAUCUGUCCGACUGCUGUCACAAAAACAUCAGACAACUCUAUUCUCGUCAAGUCAAAGUUGUUGAUUGCACCGCUAACCACAAAGGUUGAACUAGCUUUUAGUCUUAUUAGCCAUAGCACUGAAGAAGGAUUCGAUGUGGAAGUUUCUCCGGUUGCAAAAGUGAUCUACGGAGAGAGAUUCAAUGAACCAAAGAUGAGGGAAUUUUUGCUUAAUAGGUUGGGUAAUUAUGUCAAGGAGAAAGGAGAUGGAACUGUGUCCUGGGGAGCAGCAGUGGCUGAAUUGGGGGAUAAAUUGUUGGCCAGGGGGAGGAAGUAAGGUACGGGAUUGAGGUUAGGGUUCUGUGUUGUGUGUUUCUUAUCUCUUUUGAGGAAGAGAUGGCGUUUUUAUUUUAUGAUGGGUUUAAUGACACUUACGAUUGGCGAAAUGGAUUCGUCUUUGGGUUUACUUGGUAUUAGGGUCGGAGUGGGAAUGGAAUUGGAAUUGUUAAUAUGAAUGGAGUUGGGAGUUCAUGUUCAUACUUAUGUCUAUAUGCUAGCGUAGGAUAUACGGAUGCCAAAUCAGAUCUUCAGAAUUAAAACAUUCAGUCGUCAU